AUGACGAAGGUUUAUAUCAACCUGGUUUACCUUUUACUGAAUAUUCCCCAGCUUGCAGCGUGCGCCCCAGCUUACAGCGUGCGCCCCAGCUUACAGCGUGCGCCCCAGCUUGCAGCGUGCGCCCCAGCUUACAGCGUGCGCCCCAGCUUGCAGAGUGCGCCCCAGCUUGCAGCGUGCGCCCCAGCUUACAGCGUGCGCCCCAGCUUGCAGAGUGCGCCCCAGCUUGCAGCGUGCGCCCCAGCUUGCAGCGUGCGCCCCAGCUUGCAGCGUGCGCCCCAGCUUGCAGCGUGCGCCCCAGCUUGCAGAGUGCGCCCCAGCUUGCAGCGUGCGCCCCAGCUUACAGCGUGCGCCCCAGCUUGCAGCGUGCGCCCCAGCUUGCAGAGUGCGCCCCAGCUUGCAGCGUGCGCCCCAGCUUGCAGAGUGCGCCCCAGCUUGCAGAGUGCGCCCCAGCUUGCAGAGUGCGCCCCAGCUUGCAGCGUGCGCCCCAGCUUGCAGAGUGCGCCCCAGCUUGCAGAGUGCGCCCCAGCUUGCAGCGUGCGCCCCAGCUUGCAGCGUGCGCCCCAGCUUGCAGAGUGCGCCCCAGCUUGCAGCGUGCGCCCAGCUUGCAGAGUGCGCCCCAGCUUGCAGAGUGCGCCCCAGCUUGCAGCGUGCGCCCCAGCUUGCAGAGUGCGCCCCAGCUUGCGGAGUGCGCCCCAGCUUGCAGCGUGCGCCCCAGCUUGCAGCGUGCGCCCCAGCUUGCAGCGUGCGCCCCAGCUUGCAGAGUGCGCCCCAGCUUGCAGCGUGCGCCCCAGCUUGCAGCGUGCGCCCCAGCUUGCAGAGUGCGCCCCAGCUUGCAGCGUGCGCCCCAGCUUACAGCGUGCGCCCCAGCUUGCAGAGUGCGCCCAGCUUGCAGCGUGCGCCCCAGCUUGCAGCGUGCGCCCCAGCUUGCAGAGUGCGCCCAGCUUGCAGCGUGCGCCCCAGCUUGCAGCGUGCGCCCCAGCUUGCAGAGUGCGCCCCAGCUUGCAGCGUGCGCCCCAGCUUGCAGAGUGCGCCCCAGCUUGCAGCUUGCUCCCCAGGCGUCACCGUUAUCGUGAAGGUGUUUACAUCAGAUCUGUGACUCGAUAA